GAAAACAUAUCAAGUAGUAAAAGCCGCGAAUAUUGUAAACUUCAUUCGUGUUUUACUUUUUCUUUAUAUUUUACAGUAAUUGCUAACUCAGCGACAUAGUUUCCUAGCAUAUAAAUGAAAACCAAUUAAUUAUUCACCUUUUUCUUAUUCGUGAAAAAUGUAUUGCGAAACUGUGUAACAUCAUAAGCGCAGUUAUUUGAUCGGUGUAUUCGACGCUAGCGGAUUUUUGUUGCUUCAAGUGUGUGUUGUGUUUUGUGUUGCUCCCUCAAAUUGGGAGAGCGUAAUAAUCCAAUUGGAAAAUGAAUGAAAAGUUGUAAUAAGCACUUAAAUUUAAUUCAUUUGCAACAAAUUAGAAAAUUUAUGAUUAGGCGUGCGUAUAGGCCCCCUGCAUCAGCGUCUGUAGAUUCGAAAAGUACGCGUGUGCGAAAGUCGUGUGUGCGCUCGUGGGUGGUGCGGCAUGGCAAAUCUAUGAAUGUCCAUACACAACAAUAUAGUUGUUGUAUUAGCAGAUAGCCGCUAAUCGGCUAAUCGGUGAAGGGCCGAAAUAUUUGUUUACAUGCCUGCUGGCAGUGGAAUAUUAGCAGAUAUUGAUAACGCGCAAACAUAUGAUUUUGUGUUAAUGUAUACGUAAGGUUCAUUAAUUUUUGUUUAUAUUUUGAUGCCGUUGAGUCCUUGGCGACGCGUGACAUUGGCAUCGCCCUUGUUCUAUACGAUUCUAAUUUGAUUAGUGCGAUUCAAUUUAGCAUUUCUUUUAUUGAUAUUUGGUUUCUGCAAACGCGAUUUUCAUUUACGCUAUUAUCAGUUCUGUUCGUUUGUUUUACUGCUAUGAAAUUUCACUACUCGAUGUUUUCAACGACCAACACGAAAAAUAAGUUACCCAGUGACUCAAUUGCGCCCACAUUGGGUUGCCUUUUAAAUGGCCCUUUCCGUGAUCUGCAUUUUACCGGCACAGACCAUCGAGUUACACCUCUACACGAUAUAGUCUUCCUCGAUGAAGGCGACCCGGCAAUAACGCCGCUGAAUUACCGUCCGAUAGCAACAUCACCGACGGCAACAUCGUCCGAUGCAACAAAUGGAUUUAACGGAACCAACGGUUUGGAUAUCAGCAGUAAUGGCGAAGCGUAAGUGGAAUUUCAUAUUUUUAACGUCAUUACCCGUAUCGAUGAUAAUGCAAAGUGUAAAGUUGGGUCAUAAAGGCAAACAAAAAAAGAAA